AUGUCUCUGGUGAUGGGUUAACUGUGCAGUUGUUCGCUUCGGCUUCGCGCCGGUGAAGGAGUUUAAGCAAUAUUAUUGUCGAGCUCACAUCAAAAGACGUAAUAGUUUAUGUCUUUAAUGCGCAAAGGUAUUAGGAAUCUGUUUCGUGGACGUUAUUUCGUCUACAAGAGACUGGUAAUUGGUUUCAUGGGAGCUGACUUUGGUGUAUUACCAAAGGACACUGCAGUCUGACAUUUUUUCGGAGAUCUGAGCAGUGUCCUCCCAACCAGAUCAUUUAACACUGUCCUCGGGCCACAAAAUCAGCAUGGACUACUCCUCCCAGGACUGUCACCUGAAAAUCAUCAGCCUGGGCUUCAUCUUCUACUCCUUUAUCUUCCUCCUCUCUCACAUCCUAUCUAGCCUGCUGUUUCACAUCUACUGCUCACUGCCAGCCAAAGAAAAGGUCUUCUGGGAUUUGACUGCAACACGGGCUGUGUUUGGCAUCCAGAGCACGGUGGCAGGGCUUCGGGUGCUCAUGGAGGACUCAGCCAUGUACUCUGAUAAGAUUCUUGGGCAAGAGGACUGGUCCUGGUUCAACGUGCUGACUGCUACGGGAUUCUUCCUGUUCGAAAAUGUGGCCCUUCAUGCGUCCAAUGUGGCAUUCCGGUCCUUCGACCUGCCGUUAGCUGUGCAUCACUUCUUCGCCCUUGCGGGGUUCGCCGGGGCCGUUGUGUGGAACUGGCUGGGUCACUUCUUCCCUAUGGUGACUUUGAUGCUAGAGAUGAGCACACCUUUCACCUGCAUCUCCUGGAUGCUGCUUAAGGCGGGCUGGUCUAAGACUCCGUUCUGGAAAGCUAACCAAUGGAUGAUGAUCCACAUGUUCCACUGCCGGAUGGUUUUGUGCUACUACAUGUGGUGGGUGAUUUGGAAUCAUUGGGAGGAGAUGAACACUCACAUCCCAUUGGUUCAGAGACUUCUGUUCUUCACAGGCCUCUUCCUGCUCACUUUCUUCCUCAACCCCAUUUGGACGCAUAAGAAAACCCUGCAGCUUCUCAAUCCUGUGGACUGGAACUUUGAUAACAGACCUGCAGCAGAGAACGGACCGAUCCGAGACCAGGCUCAACACAAGCCCCAUGCCAGCUGAUUAAUACUAACAUCAAGUUCUUAUAGGAAAUACAGUCUAUAAAAGGGUUAGUUCACCCAAAAAUGAAAAUUAUGUCAUUAAUGACUCGCCCUCGUGUCGUUCCAAACCCAUAAAACCUCCGUUCAUCUUCGGAACAUAGUUUAAUAUAUUU